AUGUGGGGGCGGCGGUCGGAGUGGCAGUGCCCCUGGUGGGCUUCCUGGCUGCACGGCUGGCCCCGUCCCACCCUCGGCCGGACCCGGGACCCCGGAGACCCCCAGUCCCUGCUGUUCCUGGUGCUGGUGGCCGCCGCCUGCCUGGGCCUGAACCUGAUAUUCCUGGUGACCUACGUGAGCUGCCUGUGCUGCCGCCGCCGGCCAGACCGGGCCGUGGAGACCAAGCGGCCUGACUCCUGCUGCGUCACCUGGUUUGCCGUGGUGGCCGGCCUCCUCUGCUGCGCGGCAGUUGGAGUGGGAUUCUACGGGAACAGCGAGACCAACGAUGGGGUGUACCAGCUGAUCUACUCUCUAGACAAUGCCAACCACACCCUCUCUGGAAUUGACACCCUGGUGGAGGUCACCACCCUGAAGAUGCAAGUGGGCCUGGGACAGCACCUCUCCCGCCUCAACGAGAUCUUUGCCGCCCGCGGCGACUACGUGCAGACGCUGAGUUUCUUGCAGCAGAUGGCGGGGAAUAUAGUUGGGCAGCUCUCCGGGCUGCCCGUCUGGCAGCCAGUCCGGGCCCAGCUGACUGAGGUGGUCAGCGAGACCAGCUAUGGGGAGUACUACAGGUGGCUGUCUUACCUCCUGCUCUUCAUCCUGGACCUGGUGACCUGCCUUGUGGCCUGCCUGGGGUUGGCUAAGCGCUCCAAAUAUCUCAUGGUCAUGACGCUCUGCUGUGGAUUUCUGACGCUGCUGCUCAGCUGGGCUUCUCUGGCGGCUGCCUCGGCCGCCGCGGUGGGCACCAGUGAUUUCUGUGUGGCCCCAGACCAGUUCAUCUUGAAUGCUACUCAGGAUCACAUCAGCUCAGAGGUGGCCCGUUAUUACCUGCACUGCAGCAAGAGUCUGAGCAGCCCAUUUCAGCAGGCCCUCACCAUCUUCCAGCGCUCGCUGAACACGAUGCAGAUCCAGGUGCGAGGGCUGUGGCAGUUUGCUGUACCUGUGUUCCCCACAGCCGAGAAAGACUUGCUGGGGGUUCAACUCAUGCUAAACUCAUCGGAGUCCAGUCUUCACCAGUUGACCGCCUUGUUGGACUGCAGGGGACUGCACAAGGACUACCUGGAUGCGCUGACUGGCAUCUGCUACGACGGAUUGGAGGGGCUGCUCUAUCUCAUGCUGUUCUCCCUCCUGGCCGUGGCAGCCUUCUCCACCAUGAUCUGCGCCGUGCCUCGGGGCUGGAAGCAGCUGGUCGUCAGAGAGCGGGACUAUGAUGAUAUCGACGAGGACGACCCCUUCAACCCCCAGGCCCGGCGCCUGGCAGGGCACCAGGUCCCACGCGGGCACCUCCGCAGCUACUGCAGCUACAGCAGCAGCCUGGGCAGCCAGACCAGCCUCCAGCCACCCGCCCAGACCGUCUCCAACGCCCCCGUCUCCGAGUACAUGAACCAGGCCGCACUGUUUGGUGGAAACCCACGCUAUGAAAAUGUCCCACUGAUCGGGAGAGGCUCCCCACCCCCCACGUAUUCUCCCAGCAUGAGGGCCACGUACCUCUCCGUCACGGACGACCACUUGAGGCCUUGUGGGAAUGAAUUUCAAGCCUAACAGUCUUCCACUGGGUCCUUCCUCCUCUUUUGUUUUCAUUUUUCUUUUAAAUUGAAAAGCCAUGCUGCGUUUCUUUAAUAGAAACCAAAGGAAAU